AGUUAUUGGUUAAAUAUUUUGUUUUGUGGAAAUGUAUAAUAAUUUGUGUUUUGUAAUUGUCUUCGUGGUUAUCAAAUGUCUUCCAAUCGCUACAAUUGUGCUGGUAGUGAUACCAGAAGAUGUUCCAGCGGGUUUAGCAGCUAUUUAUGGAUUUGCACCACCCCUACAUAAAGGCAACGACCACCGUUUCGGUUUCGGCUUCCGUCUCGGCAAUCAUGCGGACUUUCAAAUUCUUUACGAAUUUGGACCUCAACUUGUAACUAAACCUCUGCAAUCUUCACGAGUGCGUUCAACGACAUACCGGCAACGCUUCGCGCGACGUCGCCCUGUAUUGGAGCUGCUGGUUAGAGCCGGCAUCAUCAAGAGGAACUAUGAUUAUAAUGUUAUUGAAGAAUGUGAUGAUGAACCUAGAUAG